UCCGGUGUGCUCACAUUUUGAAUCUCGUUGAUAUUUUUUUAUAAUAACACGUUUAUAGGUGGUGGAGCUAACCUCCUGGAAUCAACCGGAUAUAUAUAUUGUUCCUUUUUCCUUUCGCUUUUGCAAGUUUGGGUUGGCUUCUUUGGCUUCAUGUCGGUCUCAAAGCUCCUGGUUUUUUCGCUCCUUCUUGCCCUAAUUUUCUCCGCCGUUAGGGCGGAGGCGGAUGUUUCAAUCCAAACCGAUAAUCAAGUCAUUGGAUCAGACGCCGCUGAUUCCUCUGCUUUGAAGAUCGAAAUUGACCAACUUAAGUCUAAGAUCCAUGCACUUGAAUCCCACAUUGAUGAGAAAACUCGAGAACUGAAGAGCAAGGAUAAUAUAUUAGCACAAAAGGAGAAAAUCAUUCAAGACAAGUCAGAUAGUAUUGUGUCCUUGCAAAGUGAAAUAUCUUCCCUUCAGAAAAAGGGGAAAUUAGACACUGCUGAGCAGGUGGGAAAGGCUCAUGCACGGGCUGGCGAACUGGAGAAGAAGGUUGCCGAACUGACAAAGGAAUUAGAAACACAACAGAGGCAGAAAGAUGCCCUGGAAGCACAAGUCAGUGGGGCUGAAAAGAAGAUUGGUGAAUUGAACUCAAAAUUAGAGAAUCUUCAAAAGAUUAAUGAUGAACAGAAGAGCAAACUUCGAAAGACAGAACGUGCUCUUAAAGUUGCCGAGGAAGAAAUGAUGAAGGCAAAGUUCGACGCUACUUCGAAAACUAGAGAGUUAAUGGAGGUUCAUGGAGCCUGGCUUCCACCUUGGCUUGCUGUACAAUUAGUCCGUUUUCAGACACAUUGGAAUGAGCAUGGAAAGCCUGUCAUGGAAAUGGCGAUUCAAAAGGCCAUGGAUAAAAAAGCUGAUGCUGAAGAGUGGGCCAAACCCCACUUGGAAACAAUUAAAACUAAAUGGAUCCCUGCUGGAAAGGAGCAAUGGUUACUGAUAACAACUCAUCUUGAACCACAUGUUCAAUCACUGAGUGCAAAAACAAUCGAAGCUUUUGAAGCCUUAAAGACUGCAAUAACUCCAUACGUUGUCAGAGUACAAGAAUUUGUCGAUCCUCACUACCAGGAAGCUAAGAAGUUAAGUAAGCCAUACAUCGAUCAGGUUGUAACUGUGACAAAACCCCAUGUUGAUAAAGUUAGGGUGGCUCUGAAGCCCUACACAAAGCAGGCGGUUCACGCUUAUGGGAAAUUUUUGGAGUCCGCAACCACAUACCAUCAGCAGGUGCAAGGAACUGUACAAGAAAAGCUGAAUAAGCAUGAGUUGACAAGGCCUCUUGCUACUAAGGAGUUGAUCUGGUUUACGGCCUCUGCUUUGUUGGCCUUACCCAUCAUCAUUUUGUCAAGAAUUUGUUCAGUCAUUUUCUGCAAAAAGGCAAAGAAACCUACUCGAAAUGCUAACGCCAGCCAUUCUCGUCGAAAGGCUAAACGAGGGCAUCCAGACAAGUAGAGAGCCUCAAGUUUAUUUGCUGGUCUUCUCCCGUUGGGAUAUGUUUGCGACGGGGCUUGUACCAUUUGCAUGAGCUCUUGGAUCUACACUGUUCAAUCUGAUCAAGAAGUACAAUGUUUUUGGAGCUCCUGCAUAUUUAUCUCUCUUUUUCUUUUCACGUUACAGAAUGAGACGUCCUGAGGAUUUUAGAUGUAAUAUGGGUUGGGUUCAUUAGCAUCGAUAGAGUUGUAGUUUAUUGUUCUUUUUGUUUAUUAUUCUUAAUUGACAGUUGAAAUAAUUAUAUAAUCUACCACUUUUGUGUUGAUUAGAAUCGAAUGAUAUCUGUUGCUGUUGCUUUA